CUUGGUCAGUAGUCUUCGCACGAACUUCUAAGUAAGCGGUGGUGAAUCAAAAGUGGUUUGUGUAUAAUUUUGUUGUUGUUUUUAUAAUUGCGUUAUUUACGCGGCUUUUUUUUGGUUUUUAUUUCUUUUCUACACACUUACUGAAAGAAGAUAAUAAUCCACAUCGCCUUCAACGUUUCUUCCUAAACAAGCCAUAAUUUUUACCCUUUUUGGUAAAAGCCAAUUUUUAAUAAAAAAAAAAUUUUUAAGUUUCUCAAGUCCAAAUAGUGCGAAUUUGCAAGUUUAUUAAUUUCAUUGAGUCAACGAGCGCGUCUGCCAGAAUUUUGCUAACGAACGAUACACCAGUAGAAAACCAAAACCAAAACCCACACACCGCGCUGCGCCGUGCAAAGUUGUCACUACAACUGUUGUCUGUUGUUGUCGUUAAUUCUCAGCUAACACGCGCUCUUCACCGCAUCUAACACACAACCUACGACGUUCGGAUAAUUACCUGAAGAAACGUAGCACAAAAUACUCAGCACUUACUUAUUUGGCGAUGGCGUCAGAAGGUGCCACUGUCUCUACGACCUCAAGGUUGACUAUGAUGCAGAUGAGAUUUCAACAAAAGCAGUUACAGGAGCGUGAACAACGUCGCAUGGAGAUGGUUGGAGUUGGAAGUCAGGCUGCCAAUGACAAAUCAGUCGGCGCUGGAAAGGUUAGACAAAUGUUCGAUGAAAGACGUCGUGGUGCUGGCAUAGACAGAAGCAAUCCUUUGAAACCCAUCUCAGGUUCAUCAACAAAAAGCACAAAUCAAUCGAAGAAUGUGGGAAGCACUCCGAAUGGUUCAGCAAAUGUAACAAAUUCCACUAUAACUACCACAACAUUGCGUAAUAAACCAAAUCAACCGAAACCGAAACCCCCAGCAAAUGUACGUCAACCAAUCAACACUAUUCGAAACACACCUGGAGCGCGUGGCACUAACGGAAUACAGCGAUCAAAUGGAAAUAAUAACACAGACGAAACUGACUUUUUAGAUAAUACAACAUUUCCAAAAGGAUUUUCUUCUUUAAGUUUAAAGGAUAAUAACAAUUCUGAUAGUAACAACAAUGAUAGCAAUACCACAUCACGUCUUAGUUCGUCGAAUAGCAUUAAAUUGAAUCCAGUUGUAACGAAAAAGUCACCAGUCAUUUCAGUUAAUAAAACAACGGUGCGUUCAACACUCAGUCCAAAUGGCGUCAACAGGUCUAUUGGAAGUAAGCCGCCAACUUCAAAUGUUAAUUCCACGAAUAAAAGUCCUAUCAAGAAAACCGUUGCUAAAGUACCCACUAACUCUAUGAGCAUAAAGCCACCUCCGCGUAUAGUUACUCCACCUCCAGGUAUGGCUACAUGCAAUUUUUGUAAUCGGAAUUUCAAUGAAGAUAGGCUUGCAAAGCAUGAACAAAUUUGUCAAAAAAUGGCUAAGAAGAAGAGGAAAAUUUUCGAUGUAUCAAAACACCGAGUACAAGGUACCGAGGCGGAACAAUUUGUGAAGAAAGCAACGAAAACGAGUCAUACAACAAAACCCACAACAAUGGCAAAGCCCAGUGUUGCUGCUUCCACGUCAACCAAUGCUACCACCUCUAAGAAAAACAAUUGGCGUCAGAAACAUGAAGAGUUCAUAGCAGCUAUACGUGCGGCAAAACAAUUGCAGGUACAUUUAGCUAAAGGCGGAAAGCUGAGUGACUUACCACCACCACCUCCAUCGGAGAACCCGGAUUAUAUACAAUGUCCACAUUGUAACAGACGUUUCAACGAAGCUGCAGCAGAGCGUCACAUACCAAAAUGCGCGAACAUGUUGCAUAAUAAGCCAAAGCCUGGUGCAAUGAAGAAAAGAUAAAUGAUAAAUUAAAAUUGCUUAAAAAUAAAACAACGCAUUAUUAUCUCAUGUAACGAAGUGGCCUUAAUCCAAUUACCAACAGCAUGCUUAGUUGAAAUGAAAAACGAUGAAAUCUCAGAUAACCAUUUAUCUACUACGGUUUUUAUUUACUACGAAUCAAAUUCUAUUUGUGAUAAAAUUUAUUAUUUAAAGAAAAAUAACUGAAAUA